GGCGCAUGCAUUCGUUUGGCUGGCCAAUUUGGAACCUUCGUCUCCACCUGCUGACUUUUUGGCUUCCUUUAUAUUGCAUCGCAGCUGGCUUGAAAGCCAACAACCAUUCCGCCAUGGCACCAGCCGCUGGCCUCAUGCAACGAUCAACGAUGAAUGGUUGGCAUUUCGAAGCUGCUAGCUAGCUCUUGUACCAUAGUGUUGCUUAUCGAGGACCUACAAUAUUGAUUCCUUCCUAUACAAAAGGGCGAGUAUCCUGUGCUUGCUAGUCUUUUAAGAUCUUGGAUAAGCCAAUGUCAUCGAAGCAGCCCAAGCCGAAUUCCAAGAAGCCUCCGUUGAAUGGUCAAUUUCGGCUGAAGAGAAAACGGCCACGGCCAACAGCAACUUCCUCAAAGACUGCAAAGGCACCCGAAGUUCAGUCAUCUCCCGACACCAUCAUCAACGAAACCUCCCAAAAGAAAAAGAAUCCAAACAAAGCCGAGUCCAAAGAAAAGCCAAGUUCCGCAUCAUUGCCUGUUGGCUCUUGCGUCGGAGUGUCGGAACGCUUCAAAAAAAUUUGCCGCAUUGGAGAGGGAACCUACGGGAUCGUGUACAAGGCCGAAGACCGGCAAAAUCCAGGUGACUUUGUAGCCUUGAAGCGCUGUAUUCCUCAUCAUGAAGGUACCGAUGGAUAUCCCAUGACUGCCUUGCGGGAGAUACUGUCGCUACGCCUUUUGCAGCAGCAUCCUAACGUGGUAACACUGCGUACUGACAUUGGCAUGGUGGCAGUCUCCAAAUCAGAUAACUAUCUGGUAUUUGAAUACUGUGAGCAUGAACUGGCCCAGUUGCUGGAUUUUCAUUACACCAAGCAACGCAACCCACGCAAUACUAAGGGAGGGAUCUUUGGUGGUUCCAACAAUAACCCAAAGAGUCCGUUUACAGAGGCCAACGUCAAGACACUCAUGACGCAUCUGCUUUCAGCCUUGGAGUGCAUGCACGAUCAUCGAUUGAUUCAUAGAGACAUCAAAGUCAGCAAUCUGCUUUACUCAGCUUCGGGGCAUCUCAAACUCGCAGACUUUGGGCUGAGCAGGUCCUUACCAUCCCAAGAGCCAUUGCAGGAUGGUGGCUACCAUUUGACCCCAAAUGUCGUGAGUCUCUGGUACCGCCCUCCAGAGCUGUUGCUGGGUUCCAAGACGUACAGCCAAGCUAUUGAUAUGUGGGGAGCCGGGUGUGUCUUUGCAGAACUCUUGUUGGGAUAUCCUCUUUGGAGUGGCAAAUCAGAAUCGGAACAGAUGGAAGCCAUCUUCUCCACUGUCGGACCACCAUCGGUGGAAUCCUGGCCAAACCUUCUGACCAUGCCCUUGAUCCAGGAUGGAUCUGUAAAGCUCGAGAAAUAUGCCAAAGUCAGAACAUCGUCCAUGCCUCUGUUGGAUUCCUUUAGCUACUUGGCGACGUCCGGCUUGAUGCUCUUGGCCAAUCUGUUGCACUAUGAUGCUAAUGGCAAGAGGCUCACGGCAUCGCAAGCACUCCAGUCCAGCUACUUUGCGUCAGAGCCUCUCCCGACUCCUCCAGCUGAAAUGCCCAAGUUCAAGUCACUACAUACCGCUAAAAAGUGAUUUAUUCUACCAGCAAAUAGCAUAAUGGUUACUUUUGGUGUCGAUGGAUUUGUAGAUAUCUCAUCCUGUCAUUAUGAUUUUAAAAUACGGAAGCUACAACCAACCAACCACAGAUAUAGCAGCAAUAG